AUGACCACUACUCGCACCACACUCUCCAAGCGAGAUGCAAACACUCUUGUCGCUUCGGAUGCUGCCGAUGCGGCGCAGGAGACACCGGUCAAGCGGUCCAGAAAGGAGGCUGCCCCUGUUGAAGAUGAGUUCGACUCUUUCGAUCAAGACUUGGACGACCAAGCUCUGCUCGCUGCGACGGAAGAGGUUGAAUCAGCUGCUUCCAACCAGGCUUCUUCCCAGCCGGAUCUCUCGCAGAUAUCCACACAGACCACUCCUGCUCGCACCAAUACCACCGCCAAGCCAUCUUCCUCUCCCUCUCCCUCUGCCGCGCCGACGCCACGCUCAUCGGUCCGACAGGCACCACUCUUCCCUUCUCAGUCCACCUCAGCCUCUGCGGAUCCGCUGCCCAAACUGCAGCCGCCGGCCGACAUCGCGUCCGAUCCACUCUGGCUCGAACGCCAAACCAUGUCCCCCUCGUGGUUCGACCUGCUCCGCCCCGAGAUGGACAAACCCUACUUCUCGCAGACGCUCAAAAGCUUCUUGGCAGCCGAAGACAAGGCGGGCAAGAAAACACCCCUAUCACGGCCCUGA